CUUCUAUCCACUCCAGCCAAGCCGCGCAGGCGCGCACUCCGCUCACCGACCACCGCCAUGGCGUCCAUCACCCUCCUCUCCCUCGCCCCCACGGCCGCCUUGCUCCACCUCCCGGCCUCCGCGUCCCUCUACUCCUCCUUCGCCGCCGCUCCCGGCCCCACCGCAGGCCGUCGGUCCGUCGUCCUCCGUGCCCGCCCGCGCCGCUGCGUCGCGGUCGUGUGCAGCGCCGCGGCGGCCGAGGCCACGGAGGCGGAGCCCGCGGAGAAGUUCCGGCUUGACAACCUGGGCCCGCAGAAGGGUUCGCGGCGGCGGCCGAAGCGGAAGGGGCGCGGUAUCGCGGCGGGGCAGGGCGCGAGCUGCGGGUUCGGUAUGCGCGGCCAGAAGUCGCGCUCGGGGCCCGGCGUCCGGCGCGGGUUCGAGGGAGGGCAGAUGCCGCUCUACCGCCGCCUCCCCAAGCUCCGCGGCAUUGCUGGCGGAAUGCAUAUUGGGUUGCCGAAGUAUGUGCCGUUCAAUUUGGGAGACCUGGCGCGUGGUGGGUUUAAGGAUGGUGACGAGAUAUCAUUGGAAUCCUUGAAAUCGAGGGGUUUAAUUAAUCCAUCUGGCAGGGAGAGAAAGCUUCCUCUGAAGAUUUUAGGAGACGGUGAUGUAUCAGUCAAGUUGAAUAUCAAGGCUGGGGCGUUCUCUGCUUCAGCCAAGGAGAAGCUCGAGGCAGCUGGUUGUACUUUAACUCUGUUGCCAAAGCGGAAGAAAUGGCUACCGCAGUCUUAUCUGAAGAACCAAGCUCGUGCAGAAGAAUACUUUAGCAAGAAAAAUGGUGGUGCUGCUGAAUCUGAUGAAGCAUCUGCUUAGAAUUCAUAUACGCUGUACUUCUCUUUUACCCUUUUCUUUAGCAUAUACUUAUUGCUCAAACAUUUCUGCAAAAGUCCCACACUCCACAAAUUUGUAUCUAUCUGAUAUGCAACCAUUUUUUUU